AUGCCGCUUUCCUGGCCGCGCGUUCUCCUCCCUGGGAAGGUGCUGCAGCCUCCACUUGGGUCUUCGUUAACAACGCUCAGCCUUGCGGGGCUCUUCCACUCUCUGGUGCGCUACGGGAAGACCAAGAGCGGCUGUGCACAGCGCCCAGCCUGGCAGCAGUACUUCGAUGUGCCUAAAAGGUGGUUCUGUCACUUCUAUGUUGUGGCUGUGAUCUGGAAUGGCAUUCUACUCCUUUGGCUUAUCCAAAGCCUGUUCUUCUCACGGCCCUUCCCAGUUUGGUUUCAGGAGUUGCUCAGUGUUCUUGGGGAAGGAUCCCAGGAUCGGAACAAAGGUGGCGAGUCCCUUUCUGCUUUCCUGGUUUGCCUUUUUGUCUGGCUGAACAGUUGUAGGCGACUCUGGGAAUGUUUUUACAUCAGCGUAUUCUCCAAAGGAGUCAUUCACGUUGUGCAGUAUUUCUUUGGACUCUCUUACUACGUGCUGGUGGGCUUAACAGUGUUAAGUCAAGUGCCACUUCGUGUCUGGGCAGGGAGAGGGGACAGGCUGAUUGUCUGCUGGUACCAUGUCCUUGGAUUCCUGAUGUUUGUUUGGGCCUCCGUUCAUCAACACAGGUGCCUUAUGAUUCUAGCAAAUCUGAGGAAAGAUAAAUCAGGUAAGGUGUCUACAGUCUGCAUGGUUCAUGUUUUUCUCCUCUUAAGAGAGGUGGUAAGCUCGCAGUCCUUGGACCACAGCACUCUUUUGGCUUUACUACUCGAGUCUCGAAAUGGUCUCAAUGUCCAAGACUACUAA